UCUUCUAUUUUCACUCCAAGAUUCGAUUUUUGCUCUUAAAAAAACUGAUCUUUUGUACUCGUCGGUGGUUUAGGCUAUGAAUUCCUGUAAUUUUAAUUACUUUGCUGCUUUUAUUUGUUUGUAUAGAUCUGUCGCAUGAAUCUUGGGGUUGGGUAUUUUCUUGCAGCUUUAAAUCAAUCUUCGGCGCUUUCCUUUUUGGGUGAUAAAUUUGUGAUUUUUCUUGGUGAAUCAUCCUGCGUACUUGAGGGUUUUGGCAUUUUAGUUCAUGAUGAGAGAAGAUAACAUUUCUGAUGGAUCUCAUAAGCCACGGUCUGUUUUUAGAGAUGUAACAAACCAGCUUGGCAAAAGGAGUUCAUCUUUGAUUUCGGGUAAAAAACCCGGAGAUAGGGAGAGGGAGAACUUAGGGGCUAAGCGUGUUCUUGAAAGUGAUGGAGACAGUGGAAAAAGAGCUUGUCUUUCGCCCCGAGGAUCUAUUGAAAAUAAUCCUUUGACAAGGAAUGCUAUAGUUGAUAGUUUAAAGAACCCCAUUGGAAGCAAGGCCCUUGAUGUUUCAUAUCUUGAUAAACGCAAUGCUAUUGCUAAGAGUGUUAGUGAGGGCUUAAGGAAAGGGUAUGUAGCUGGUAUCUCGGGUUCAGAAGGUCUAGAUGUUGGGAAAACGUUUGAACCUUGUGGAGACCGAGCCAGUUCUGAAAGCACCGAAAGUGAUACUAAUGGAUGCCCGAAUGAAGGCGAGGAGCAUGGUGCUGAAAAUCUGGUUAUCAGUCAGUCGGGGUCAAUUGACUAUUCAAGAUUUCUCGAGUCACAGGAAUCACAGGUUGAACCCGAGAAAUGCACAGAACUGAAGGCUAUUGAUGGUUGCUCUGAACCGGUUACAGCCAUUGACUCCACCAAAACUUGCUCGUGCUCUUUUUGCACCAAAGCUGCUUAUAUGUGGUUAGACCUCCACUACCAGGAUGCAAAGGGUCGAAUAGCUGCAUUAAAGAAGAGUCAGAAAGAAGCAAGCAUUUUAGUCGAAAGAAGUUCCAAAGGAAAGGCACCUCAGAAAUAUGGUACGGUACAUAACAGUGAUGUGUCUAACUUGGAAUCGAGUUUAUGGGGUCAGUGGAGGUCUCUCUUUUUACACAUGGAGAAUAUAUACGAGUGUGAAAUCAGCCAACUCGAGUCUAGUUUGCUCUCGUUAACUGAUCUCAAGGAAAGAUGCAAGGCGGAACUGGAAUUGAUUAACAAGGCGCCUCCAGAGCCACCCGAGCAUUGAUAUCUUCUUGCCCCGUUCGUCUUUCUGUGUCUGUAAUUUUACUCUUUCAAAUUUCUGCGGUUAUCCUCUUGUUAGCCUGUAUCUGUAAAGUAGGUGAAAUUGUGAGUUGUACUCUAGUUUGGUUUGGAAUCAAUGUAGGAUUCAUUUCAGGUGUUUUCUUGUUUUCUGGUAUUUACUUCCAUUUUCUCAACUUGGUUAAGGGUGCAUUUUCUCUCAAGUGUUGCACUUAUCCUCAUGUUAAAUGUAAACAUAUAUUUUACUGAACAAGAAGUUCAUAGUUCCAUUAUUUGUUCAUAUAAA